CUUCUCUCUCUCCGUGGCGACACUCCUCCCCACCUGUGUCUUCCUGUCCGUUAGGGUCAGCACACCUGCCUUCUUUCCCCGACGGGACAUUCUGAUACCACCGGUACCACAAAGUUGUAAUGACUGGUGAACGGACGGGUUUCGGUGAUCGCUUGGGCGUUGCUUAUGAUGUGUGGGAACACUGAAUUAUCCAGGCCUUGAGAACUUUUCUGAGCAGACAUGGCAGGGAGAGUAGCAGGACGAGCCUGCCGUAGUGUUGGACUAUGUGGAUCAGUUCUACUACUGCUGGCUCUAUUUGUGGUGCAGUCAGGUGGUGUUGCAGUGAUGUCUGUUGAUCUGGGCAGUGAGUGGAUGAAGGUUGCAAUUGUCAAGCCUGGUGUUCCCAUGGAGAUUGCAUUGAACAAGGAGUCAAAGAGGAAAACCCCAGUGGUGGUUUCAAUCAGAAAUGGAGAAAGGGAGUUUGAAAAUGAGGCAUUGACUGUUGCUGUUAAAUAUCCAAAGCAGGCCUAUCGGUACAUACAUCACGUGUUGGGUCAGAAGUACGACAGCCCUCAGGUGGCCAGGUUCCAGCAGCAGUUUCCACAUUAUGAGCUCGUCAAAGAUGAGGAGAGAGGAACAGUCCUGUUCAAGCAUGAUGAGGAUACCCUGUUCUCACCAGAGGAGGUGCUUGGCAUGGUACUGAACAGGUCAAGAGAGAUUGCAGAACAAUUUGCAGAGGAGCCAAUCCGCCAUAUCGUGAUCACCGUCCCAGCGUAUUUCAACCAGGCAGAAAGGCGUGCUGUGAUGCGAGCAGCUGAACUUGUGGACCUGACAGUGCUACAACUCAUCAAUGAUAACUCAGCAGUGGCACUGCACUAUGGUGUGUUCAGAAGAAAAGAGUUCAAUGCUACAAUUCAGCACAUCAUGUUUUAUGACAUGGGUGCCACUGGUACUACAGCCACUAUAGUGGGUUACCAAGUGGUCAAAACCAAGGAGAAAGGAAUCACAGACACACAUCCUCAACUGGUUAUCAAGGGAGUUGGCCAUGACCGCUACCUUGGUGGCCUUGAAAUGGAGUUACGUCUGCGAGACCAUCUGGCAGAUGUAUUCUCUAAAGAGAAGAAGGCUAGUGUUGACAUAAGGAAGUCACCACGGGCUAUGGCCAAGCUGCUGAAGGAAGCCAAACGGGUGAAGAAAGUUCUCAGUGCAAAUUCAGAUCAUCAGGCACAGAUUGAAGGGGUUCAUGAAGACAUUGACUUCAGGACAAAGGUGACCAGAGCAGAGUUGGAAGAAAUGUGUGCUGACCUGUUUGACCGUGUGGCCGGACCUGUGAGAUCUGCACUGAAAUCUGCAGACAUGACAAUGGGUGAGAUAGAUCAGGUGAUCAUAUUUGGAGGAGGCACACGUGUUCCCAAAGUCCAGGAGGCGCUUCUGAAGGCUGUCAAAAAACCUGACCUUGGGAAGAGUGUGAAUGCUGAUGAGGCAGCAGCUAUGGGUGGUGUUUAUCAAGCGGCUUUCCUCAGCAAGGCUUACAGAGUCAAAAAGUUUGUCAUCAAAGAUGCAGCACUUUAUCCUAUUGAGGUGGAUUUCUCUCGUCCUAUCAAAAACGAGGAUGGCAGUGAAGGCGUCAAGGUUGUUCGUAGGACACUGUUCAACAGGAUGAACCCAUUCCCACAGAAGAAAGUCAUGACCUUCAACAAGCACACAACAGACUUUGAGUUCCAUGUCAACUAUGGUGACCUCAGUUUCCUACCUGAGGAAGAGAUCAAAGCAUUUCCAUCCAUGAACCUGACAACCAUUAAGUUGGAUGGGGUUGGAACUGCACUAGAAAAGCAUGCAGAAGAGCCUAACACAGAGUUCAAAGGUGUCAAGGCACACUUCCGAAUGGAUGAAAGCGGGAUCCUUAACUUAGACAAGGUGGAGAGUGUCUUUGAGAAGCAAGUGGAGGGUGCUGAGGGAAGUGAGGAUGCAGAGGAGUCCACUCUGGCUAAGUUGGGCAGCACCAUCAGUAACUUCUUCACUGGUGGGUCAGAUCAGAAGGAAGAUGGGGAAGUUGGUACAGGGGAGGAGACAGAUGGACAGGAGGCACCUGAAGGGACCCCUGAUCAGACCCCAGAGAAAGAAGGAGAGAAGCCUGAGGAGAAGCCAGAGGAAAGCUCUCCAGGGGAGGAUAAAUCUGGUGACAAAGAGGAGAAGCAACAAGAGCCCCCAAGUGAAGAGGAGCAAAAGACCGAGAAGACACAGGACUCAUCAGAUUCAGAUUCUGAGAAGCCAUCGGAAGAAUCUUCACAAGACAGUGGUAAAGAUGAAGAAAAAACCGAGACACAACCCAAGAAUGAGACAGAGCAGGGGGAUGCAGCCAAAAAUGCCACCAAGAAAGAGCCAGAGAAGAAAGUAGCCAAGGCAUCUACUGUAAAAGAAGAUAUUGGAGUGACAACAAACAUCCUUGACUUGGAAGAUCCAUCAAAAUCAAGUUUUGAAGCCUCCGUUGAGAAAUUGAAGGUCCUCAUGGAAAGAGACCUUGCAAGAGCCCUGAAGGCAAAGGCCCUGAACACCCUGGAGUCCUACAUUGUCGACAUGCAGGACAAGCUGUACCAGGAGGAGUAUGAGGCCUGUGCUGUAGAAGAAGAAAGGGACCAAAUUAGGGCGAGAUUGAGUGAGAUGUCUGAUUGGCUGUACGAGGAUGAGAGUGAAAGUGCAACACCUGCGGUAUAUAAGGAAAAACUACAAGAGCUGAAGAAGCUUUGCAAACCAGUCAAUGACCGUGUGAAGGAAAACAGAAAUCGGCCUAAAGCCCUAGCAGGUCUGAAAGACACUCUCAACCACUCAACUGUCUUCAUGAAGACACUGCAAAACUUCUCUGAAGAAGCCUUUACACAAGUGGAAAAGGAUACACUUGCAACUCUUAUUAAUGACACAAAAGCCUGGAGGAGCAGCAUGGUAAAACAGCAAAAGGGAAAAGCUUGUCACGAGGAAGCUGUUUUCACCUCAAAAGAAGUGGAAGAAAAAGACAAGGAUCUGCAGCGGGAAGUUGCUUACCUGUUGAAUAAACUUAAGAACUACAGGCCGCCUGUCAAGAAGCCAGAGAAAUCUGCCAACAAAACUGCCACUAAUGAAACAGCAAGUAGCAAUAAUACUAAGGAUGAAAACUUAAAGCCAGAGAAUGACACUAUCACUUCAGAUGACUCCAUCAAAGAUAAAGCAGGAGAUGGUGAUCCCACCAUUGAACCUGUAGAGACUCAAGAAGCAGCACCUGAAACUGAUGCAGAUAAGUCAUCUACUGAGGGUGAGGGUGAUGGUCCUGGUCCUGAUAAUGAGAAUGGUGCGGGUGCUGAAGGUGGGGACACAGAGGGUGGGGACAGACAAGGGGAUGAGUCUGAAGAACUGCAACUAGAGGCUGCACCAACUCAAUCUAAAGAAGAAAAACAGCCAGAAGACGCACACGACAGACAAGAGAAAAAUGAUGAACUAUAACAAAUGUUAGAAAUAUUGUUACAGAUGUAAAUUAUUUGUUUGUUUCAAAAGAGGAUAUUUGAUGCUUGGAAAGAAUCUCCUGGGUUAUUCAUGGGUGUCUCUUCACUUUUUCUCUCUUCUUUCAUACUACUAGUAUUUUCAUCCUUCAUGAUAUUCUAUAUUUCAAUCAAAUGUUUGCUAAUCAAGAUCUGUAUUGAAUGUGCACUUUCUCUUUAUACAAAGACUAAUAGACAGCAAAGCUGUAUUUAAUGUAGCAAUGUUUAUUUCUUAUUGUUCAUCAAGAAAAUAUCUGUAAUAUGACACUACAAAUGAAAUGGUCACUGCAAGGAAAUGUGUAAUAGGAUAUUUGGAUUCAUGCUUUGUUACAGUGUCUUUUCUUCUUAUCGUAAUAUUGUACUUUCACUUUCUACAUUGCAUGGAGACCCAAGAAGGUAUGCAGACUUGGCUAAUAACAGAUUAGCAUGUGUACAGUUCAGUUUAACUUUCAGUUUCUUGACAACAUUUUAUGGACCAAGUCUUAUGUUAUAUUCAAUGGAUUCACUGGACAUGUAAAAGCCUCUCACUAUCCAUUAAACCAUUAAACUAUAUCAAUAUUGGUUCUUCUUCUCAUUAACAGAUUUUGCCAGUUUCUCUGCAUACUGAUUUAAACUUCUGUAUUGCACAAAA